CUGCAGACGUUUCUUCACACUCGCCUCAUUCACCAUUGUUCUGGUCCCAGCGCUGCUGUGCUUCCACUCUGCACCAUGACCAGGACGCUCGCGGUGCUCCUGUCCCUGCUCGCCGCUCUAAUCGUCAUGGCCUUCAGCAAUGGGGUCCAGGGAGCAGCAGUGUCAACUGACCAGAAGGACGUGAAAGCAACGGAGCCCCAAGAGCAUGCCAGCAGGGUCUUCGUGUCUGGCUCGGAUGCCUCGAGCUUCUUCAAGAGACGUAGCCAGCGUUCCAUAAAGUCACAGUAUGAGCUCAAUGUUGAGCAAAGACAGCGCCUAGCAGCAGAUGAGCAGCGAAGGGAGUACAGAGAAGAGCAGAGGAACGAGUAUGAAAACUAUGUGGAGGAGGUGCGUGAUGAGCAGGAAGAGCGGACCCGUGAGAAGACAGAGCAGUGGCGGGAAUUCCACUAUGAUGGGCUGUACCGCUGGUACCAAUACACCCGCCAUCACGUCUGAGCUCCACCUGAGGGGAACAUAGAACAUCAAAAACAUAAGGAAAGCGUGAAACCAGGGAAACUUUUCUGUCUAACUUUUUUUAGAAGUCUCUUUGUUCACUGCAAAAACAAAAAUAAAUUGGCUGUAGUUGAUAGCAACUGAAACUUUCUACUUAAUUACAUUUUUAGGUUGUUAAAAAAUCCUGCAGUUGUGUAAACUUCAGAACUACUGUCUGAUUAUUAUGGUUUUUCAGAUAUGUUAAGUAUAUUUUAUAUAUCCUCAUGUCUUUGCCAUAACUUUUUAGAGAUCAAGCUUCCAGAGAGUUUCAUAGCCUACAUCCAAAUUUAAGGAUUUCACUCUCAAUACAUGUUCAUUGUGUUUUUCUGUUUCACAAUCCAUUUUCAAUACGCGUAAUUAAAGUAGGAUACUUACAAUAAAUCUUGAGGAGAAAAUGUCUGAUACAGACUCAAGGGAGGAUUAGCGCAAAAUGAAAUCCUGUGUUUAUGCAUUUAUGAGAAGUUCCAUUGUUACCCAGAGUGCAUCUGGGUGCAGAACCCAAACCAACACCCUAAGCUACCUACCUAGUAUACCAUGGGUUUCUUAAUGCAUGUAUCGAACCUAACUAUGUUUAAAGAAACUGUACAAGCGGAUAAUAAAUAAAUACUGUAAUCCGAGCAAGCAUGAUUUGUGAAUUCUGAAGUAAUAUUUCUUGAUUGGAAAAUAAGGUUAUGACUUCAUUUACAUUGAAAAAGCUUACAAACACACACCUAACAAUUUUCAUGCUUAUCAGGUGGCAGGGUAGUUAAAGGACUCUGCCUAACUGUAUAUAUACUGUACAUACAUGUGCACCCAGGCCUGAGGAGAGGGGGGUGCAGCCAGUACAUUGAUCCGGGGCCUAUGAAGCUCAAGGGGGCCCAGAUUUUUCUGUUGAACAUAUGUAAUUUUCUAUCAUGGAAAUCUGUGGUUUUAUAGUGGUCGUUUUUUAUGGGGUUUUGACAACUUUUUACGUUAAAAUAAGCAUUUCUCUAUGCUGAACUAUUGAUAACAACAAUGUAUUGUUAACUAUUGAUAACAACAAUAUAUAUAAAUACCUGUACUGUAUAUAAAUAAAAAUGGGAGUAAAAAUU